CGCAGGCAAUGGCGCACUCAAUCACUCUUUUGACUGAUCGGCUUCGUACCCUUGAGGAUGCGAAUGUUGCACUUGGUAAGCGCCGGAGGGCUAAAAGGACGCGGGUCCAGCUUGGAGGGGCGCUUAGUAUAGAGGAAUCUCAGGUUUUGCUUGAAGGGAAACAAAAAGGGAAACGUCCAGCACCUCAAGAGGAUGAGGAGGGGGGUCCAUCAAAGAGAGCCCAGCCAGCUCGGAGACGCUAUGGUGUGU